AACCCCACCCCACCCCACCCUUCCCAUUCAUUACUAUAUCUUCAAGUACAAACACAAAAAACACACAUCUGAGAUUCUAAAGAAUGAAACCCAUGGAUGAUGUAUGGAAAGACAUCAGCAGCCUUCCAUCUCUUCACCACCCUACCACCACUCAUCACCUCCAAGAUUUCUUUACUCCAGCUGCAGCCACGGCUGGUGGAGGUCGUAGUGGAGCCACCCUCCACCACCCUUCUCCUCCAGAACCACCACCGCCACCGCCACCCACCACCAUGUUAAGCCUGAGUACUUCUGGUAACUCAGCACAUGAUCAAGAACAAAUACAUAAUAAUCCAUCAACAGGAGCCACUUCACAUGUAGCAAAUCAAAGAUCCCCCCCUGAGUACAGUGACAAGUUCAAGCGUCUGAUGAAGAAUCGUGAAUCAGCUGGUCGCUCUAGAGCUAGAAAGCAGGCUCGUGCUGAUGAAUUGGAACAUGAAGUUUUAAGACUAAAAACAGAGAACGCUAAACUCAAAAGGCUCCAAAAAGAGUUAUGCUCAGCCUCUUCCCAGUUUCCUAAAAAGCCCAAGCUUCAAAGAACAAGAAGUGCCCCUUUCUAAGCAAAUAUCGAGAACCCGGGUUGUCACGAUAUUUAUAACAAGACAAAAUUUGGUACAAAGUAUUAUGGUUUAACAUGUGAUAUCAAGAUAUUUUACAUACAAGUUUCAAGUAUCCAUCAUGACAAAGCAGACAAAUAUCCCCAUAAUCAAGUAUACGCUUCCUUCAAGGUUUAAAUUCAUGUUAAUUUUGAGGUUUUUUUUUUUUUUUUUUUUGAGCUAUUUCUGGUCAAACAUUUAUAAAGACCGUAUAUAAAUGAACACUGUUUUAUAUGCAAAGGUAUUAAUCCAUACCUCAUAAAACUUAAGAAACCAACAAAAUCCGUAAUCGGAAGAAAACAUAGCACAUGUCAAAGCACGUUACUAUAAGCAUCGACACUCUAUAACAUAUAGAUCAACAAACAAUGUAUAUUUAGAAAACUAUAAUAUAAAAUUGAGUGAUCAAACCCGGAAAAUCAUCAUAAGUCUAACAAUUCUCACAUCCAAACAUUUAACAUUUAACAUCAUAAGUAUAUAAUAGAUUUUUCUCUAUAUCUCAAACUCAUCAAAUCACCAGCCUUAAGUUACUUUUACUUGGGCAACGACCAACCACCUAUGGAAAUUUUUAAUUUACAAAAUCAAUGUAAAUGCGAAAUUUCACAUAAACACUUAUGGGCACAAGCAACCAGAAACAAUUUUAUGACUUUUCACUAUUAUAGCAAAAUACUUUAUGAAACAAAACUAAUACUAUGGUAAUCGAAAAUCACAAGCUAGAAAACAUACAUUUGCUUAAAUCGAAUUAAGCUAAACAAGUUUUCUUGAAAUCUCAUUUGAAAGUCUAGCUCCAAUAGUGUGGUAGACUCUAAUGUGUCACACCUAAAUCCUAGGAAACCCUAGGAUUGAAAAAGAAGGGGGGGGGGGGGGGGGG